GUCGAAUACAAUGAAGGCUGCUCUGUUGCUUGUUGCUGCGCUGGUAGCAGUGGCGGAGGUCCACGGGCAACCAGAAGAGUCUACCACCGUCACCAUUUCGAGUGACAAUCUAACCACCAGCAACAUCACAGCGGAGAGAACAUUUUUGGCGAAGUCAUCGUACACGGGAGAUGACGAUACCAUUUGUGUAGAGUCAGACAACAACUUCUACUUGUAUGUUAAUGUGUUGAAGCUCUAUUCUUGCUACCACCAGCUACGGAAAGUUUACGUGGUGAGACCAAGGAGCCAGUGUGAACCACACCUGUCAGAUUGUCCCAGGCACUAGGAGUAUUGCAACUAUGUGGGUUCAGCUUGAAGAGACUGAUUCGUCUGCGAGUGAGUGAGGACUAAAUGGCUGUCCUGCUGACUGAAGACAUCUGCUGUUUCCAGAGGAGCCAAGAAACUACAAGAGCAUCAGAGCUUAGCUAGUUUACUCAAACAUCUUUCGCUUGUUUCUGUAACAGUUGUAUACUGACACAUUAAAAGUGUAGUUUCAUGA